AUGGCGAAGGAUCAAGCAAUCGCCAUUAACGAUGCGGUUCACAAGAUUCAGCUCGCUAUGCUCGACGGCAUCACUGAUCAGAAGCAGCUCUUCGCGGCGGGGACCUUGAUGUCUCGAUUGGACUACGAGGAUGUCGUCACGGAACGAACCAUCGCUAAGCUCUGCGGUUACCCUCUCUGCGGAGCAUCCCUCCCUUCCGAUGUUUCCAGAAGGGGAAAGUAUCGGAUAUCGCUGAAGGAGCACAAGGUUUACGAUUCACUGGAGGCCAGAAAGUUUUGCUCGGCGGUUUGUCUUAUUAAUAGCCGAGCGUUCUCGGGGACUUUGGAAGAGGCUCGUACCUCGGAGUUUGAUACGGUGAAGCUCAAUGGGGUUCUGUGUUUGUUUGGUGAUUCGGACGUGAAAGAUUCUGUGGAUGUGAAAGAUGAUUUGGGAUUGUCUAAGCUCACGAUUCGUGAGAACACUGAAGUGAAUCGCGGAGAGUUGUCUCUAGAGCAGUGGAUGGGUCCUUCUAAUGCCGUUGAAGGCUAUGUACCUUUCAAUCGAAGCAAUUCCAAAUCCAGAAAUGGCGAACUCGAUUCCAAGGCUACUCAGAGUAAUCAAGAGAAGAAGGAGAACCCGCCUUUUAGCGAGAUGGAUUUCACUAGCACAGUUAUUAUUUCGGAUGACUUUAGUGUUUCGAAGCUUCCACCACAAACCAAGCAACCUUCUCUUAUAGGUGAAUCUGAGGAUAGCAAAGGCAAAGCAGUUUCGAAAAAACAAACUGCAGUUCCUCCCACCAAGAAAAAUUCGAGGUUCCGUCGUGAAAAAGAAAGGGACAAGAAGAAUUCCGGGGUUGAUGGGAUCGAUUUUGCGAGCUUUGGGUUUGAUGGGAUGGGUUGUGCGAGCUCUGUUACUGCAAAUGAUGGGUGCAGCGUUGAGUAUAGCGUGUCUAAGCAGCCACCAUGUUCAACGGAAGAUCCUCUUGGUGGCCAAUUGAAAGAUGAUCUUAAGACAUUGGAUGAAAAGAAGGAUUCGAGGCUUCCUACACAAUCCAAACAAGCUUCUCAUGCAGUGGGAUCGGAGAAUGGCAAAGGGAAAGCAGUUGUGACAGAUGCCAAACAAACUGCAGUUCUCCCCAGAAAAAAACCGAGUUUUUACAAGGAUAAUGAAAUGAAGAAGGAUAUUAAGAAUAUCGGGUUUGAUGAGAUGGCUUUUGGAAGUUCUGCUAUUAUGAGUGAGGAUUACAGCGUAGAAUAUAGUGUUUCUAAGCAGCCACCAUGUUCAAUCGAAAAUCCUCUAAGUUGCCACUCAGAAAGUCUUCAGACAUUGGACAGGAAAAAUGCUCUAAUAGGAUCGUCCUCUGGUUCUAGUAGGAAAAAAACAGAAAAUUUGAGAAAGAAAGUUACUUCUGUUGAAUACCGUGCUGAUUCUUGUGAAGAUGGUGACGAAAUCCUUACAGCUCAUGAGGACAUGUGUUCAUCAAGUGGAACCGUCACUAAAUCGUGCCUUAAAGCUUCUGGCUCUAAGAAGCUUAGUCGUUCAGUUACUUGGGCUGAUCAGAAUGAUGGCCAUGGUGAUCUUUGUGAGGUUAGAAACAAUGAUAUCAAAGCAGGUCCUAACCUGUCAUCCACCACUGAUACAGAGGUUGUCAGUAGUGAAUCACGCCUUGCAUUAGCUGAAGCCUGCGCUACGGCAUUGACCCAGGCUGCCGAAGCUGUUUCUUCGGGAGAUUUAGAUGCAAGCGAUGCUGCUGCGAAAGCUGGAAUCGUUUUGUUGCCAAGCACACAUCAACUUGAUGAAGUGGUUUCUGAGGAGCAAGUCGAGGAGGAAAUGACUGAAGAGGAACCAACUCUUCUGAAGUGGCCAAAUAAGCCCGGGGCUCCAGAUACUGAUUUGUUUGACCGUGAUCAAUCUUGGUUUGAUGGACCUCCAGAGGGCUUCAAUCUCACCUUAUCAACUUUUGCUACGAUGUGGAAUUUACUGUUUGGCUGGGUGUCAUCGUCUUCUCUGGCAUACAUAUAUGGGAAGGAUGAAACUGCUCAUGAAGAGUUCUUAUCAGUUAACGGGAAGUCAUACCCACAGAGGAUAAUCAUGGGAGACGGGCUUUCGUCAGAGAUCAAGGAGACAAUUGCUGGGUCUCUUGCAAGAGCCUUACCUAGAGUCGCCACUGAUCUCGGGCUGCCAAUAGCCAUAUCCGAGUUGGAAAAAGGAAUGGGAAGCUUGUUGGAAACAAUGUCGUUGACAGGGGCAGUUCCAUCGUUUAGGGUUCAACAAUGGCUAGUGAUUGUUCUUCUGUUCCUGGACGCCUUGUCUGUAUCGCGUAUUCCUCGGAUUGCACCUUAUAUACUCAACAGAAACAAGGUUUUGGAAGGAAGUGGAAUUGGAAAUGUAGAGUAUGAGAGCAUGAAGGAUAUUCUGUUACCACUUGGCCGUGUUCCUCAGUUUGCUGUCCGAAGCGGGGCGUAG